AUGCCCCAGGACCAAGCUGAACUGCUCCUGUGGUUUCCCAGGUUCUCAGCCUGGCGGAAGCAAACGGCCACACCUUCUCUCAGAACGCGGCUUCUGGUUUCCAACUGCACACCCUUCGCCCCCCGCACCUCCCAGGCAGUGGGGCUUGCCCAGGCCUGCGCUCCAGGCCCGGCGUGGGGAGUUACCUGGUCCCGGCGGGAACGGAGCGCGCCGAACGAAGACUGGGCCGCAGCGGGCGCCGGGGCGCAGGGCGCAGGGAGAGGCCGGGCUGCGCCGAGUCUGCAGAGGCGGCCGGCGACACCCCAGGCUCAGAAGCGAGCAGGGCCCGGGCGGAGUGAGCCUGGCUUUCUCAGCCUUGAGCGGGGCCCUGACCCUUCGGCUUGGGCAACGCUUGUACAGACUGCCGGGCCACCAGAGCGGCUUCCGGCAGCGCCGCGCCUUAAAGCUCUGAGCUCGCGCGGACCCGACUGGCGACACGCACCCCGGGCUCCGGAGGGCGCUGGGGAGCGGCAGGCAUCGCCAGUGUCACGACCCUGGGGACUGACUCUAGCUCUGCCUGACACAUCUGAAACAAUGUGGGGAACAUCACCACCCCAGGGGCCACACUUCAAGCUUUUUCAGCUCUUAGUGUUGACUGGUCUUUUCUACUACUGCUCAGGUGAGAGCCAGCUGACCAAGAUGGUGAAGGAGAGUGCACUACUAUCCUGUGACUACAGUGUUCCCCCUAACGAACUUACAAAUUUUCGAAUCUAUUGGCAAAAGAAUGAUAAAGUGGUGCUCACUAUCAUCUCUGGGAAGGUAUUGGUAUGGCCCGAGUAUGAGAACCGGACCAUUGCAGACAUCACCAAUAACCUCUCCAUUGUCAUCCUGGCUCUGCGCCUGUCAGACAAGGGCCAGUACACUUGUGUUGUUCAGAAGAAUGAUCAAGGAUUUUUCAAGCGGGAACACCUGGCUGUGGUGAAGUUAUCAAUUAUAGUAGACUUCCAGGAUCCUAUUAUAACUGACUUAGGAAACCAAUCUACUGACAUUAAGAAGAUAAAUUGUUCAACCUCUGGAGGUUUUCCAGAGCCUCACCUCUCCUGGUUGGACAAUGGAGAAGAACUAAAUGUGAUGAACCCUGCAGUUACCCAAGAUCCUGAAACUGAACUCUACACUAUCAGCAGUGAACUCUGUUUCAAUCUGACAAGAAACCAUACGUUCAUUUGUGUUAUCAAGUAUGGAGACAAAGAAGUGUCACAAAACUUCUCUUGGAUAAUAUGUAAGUGA